CAUAGUCAAACGUAAAUGAAAGCUCUCGCCGUCGAUUGCUUUCCGAUGCGCGUCGCAUAAUUCAAAUCCACCGGCCAUGAGACUGCUCUCGUAAAUAAAUAACCCAACUCGAACGUCCUUCAGGCAAAACCUCGGUAUGCCAUGUCGAUGGAAGACCAAAAGCCCCAUCAUAUAGUCCUCUUCCCCUAUUUGGGGCAGGGCCAUUUCACACCCUUCCUCGCCCUAGCCGAGCUCAUCCACCGCCGGUACCCCACCUACACCCUCACCCUCGUCAGCACCCCUCGCAACGUCCAAAACCUCCGCUCCUCCCUCCCACCAACCUUCCCCAUCCGCCUUCGAGCUCUCCCCUUCUCUCCAUCCGCCUAUGGCCUCCCCUCCACCGCCGAGUCCUUCGCCGACAUCCCCUUCGAUCUCUUCAUCAAUCUCUUCCAAGCCUCCGAGGCCCUCCAGCCCGCCUUCGAUCAGCUCAUCGCCGACAUCAUCCAAGAGGAAGGUCGUCCUUCUCUCUGUAUCAUCGCCGAUCAUUUCUUGGCGUGGACGGUGCAGGUUGCGCGGAAGCACGGGGUCUUUCACUCCAUCUUCAUAACCAGCGGAGCCUAUGGCACGGCUGUCUUCUUCUCUCUCUGGGCUCACCUCCCGCACACCCUCACCACCUCCGACGAGUUCUCGCUGCCCGAAUUCCCCGAUACCCGGAUCCAUCGCUCGCAGCUCACAAAGCGCUGGCUCGUUGCCGAUGGUGCCGACUCGUGGUCCGUCUUCCUUCAGCGCCAGAUAUCGCUUUGCUCCGAGACCGACGCCGUGCUAGCAAACACGGUGGAGGAGUUCGAGACCGCUGGCCUGCGGAUGCUGAGGAGAAUCAUGGGAGUUCCCAUCCGGGCCAUCGGCCCAUUGCUUCGUCCACCAGCUUCUCCCUCUUCCUCGACGGCUGACAAGAAUUUUGUCAUCGAUUGGCUGGAUCUGCACCCACCAGGAUCGGUUCUAUACGUCUCAUUUGGGUCGCAGAACACCAUCACAGCGUCCCAAAUGAUGGAGCUGGCGAUGGGGCUGGAGGCAAGCGAGAGGCCUUUCAUUUGGGCUAUUAGACCUCCUGUCGGGUUUGACAUAAAGAGCGAGUUCAGCCCGGACUGGCUGCCGGAGGCUUUCGAGGAGAGAGCGAGAGAAAGAAAGGUAGGGAUAUUGCUGCGUGGGUGGGCACCUCAACUGGAGAUCUUAUCGCACCCAUCCACAGGUGCUUUUCUCAGCCACUGCGGGUGGAAUUCGGUGCUCGAGAGCCUGAGCCGGGGCGUACCGAUAAUCGGGUGGCCCCUCAUAGCAGACCAGCUGUAUAAUUCGAAGAUGCUGGUGGAGGAGGUGGGGGUGUGCGUGGAGGUGGCAAGGACGAACAUAGAGAGCGCGAGGGUGGAGAGAGAGGAGGUGGCGAGGGUGGUGAAGAUGGUGGUGGGUGAGACCGAGAAGGGGAGGGAGAUGCGGAGGAGGGCGGAGGAGAUAAGGGAGGUUAUGACGGGAGCGUGGGCAGAGGGAGUGGAGUCGUCGAUCAGGGGAUUGGAGGAGUUCUUCCGGGCUGUGGGUUCCAUGAGAAAGGCAACUUAGAUUGCGAGGUUUUACUUUGAUGGAAAUGGACGCCAAAUUGUAACGAUAGAGAGUUUGUUCUGUUGGAAGUCUUGGACUUGUUUUUGGUAAAUAAAGACCGCGACUUUCGGUGAAAGGAAGGAUGACAGCUAGUUCGCUCGAAGACCACAAGCAAGGGAGUUGUUUGCGUAAAUGCACCAGAGAGCGUUGAGGAAAGCAUGGUAGAAUGUUGCUUGUUUCCAACCGCAAAUUUUGCGGCAAAAUUUGUAUCUGGUUGCAUCUCUAAUAUUUAUAUCUAAUGUUGAGAACGAUGAAUUCU